GCAGGGAAGGAACGCCUGGCCCUUUGGAGAGUGCUGGAUGGUGAUACAAUGACCAGUAUAAAUGUCAGCGGGGCUGGCUAAGGGUGGCCAGGAGAGGACAAAGGCUACCGCAGGGUAAGAGGGGGUCACCUUCCAAGAUGGAGAAGUUCAAGGCUGCGAUGCUGUUGGGGAGUGUUGGAGAUGCCCUCGGCUAUGGAAACGUCCGCAGGGAGAACAGCGUUUUAGGCUCGAUCCAGGGGGAGCUGCAAAAGACGGGGGGACUGGACAGCCUUGUGCUCUCACCUGGGAGGUGGCCAGUGAGCAACAACACCAUCAUGCACAUGGCGACUGCCGAAGCCCUGACCACAGACUACUGGUGCCUAGACGACCUGUACCGAGAGAUGGUAAAGCGCUAUGUGGAGACGGUGGAGACGCUCUCAGAACAUCGGCCGGACCCUUCCACGAUCGAGGGCUGCUCCCAGCUGAAGCCGGAUAACUACCUCCUCGCAUGGCAUACGCCCUUCAGUGAAAAGGGUUCAGGAUUCGGAGCUGCCACCAAAGCGAUGUGCAUUGGAAUGCGGUACUGGAAGCCAGAAAGGCUGGAGACGCUCAUCGAAGUCAGUAUUGAGUGUGGUAGGAUGACCCACAACCACCCUACAGGUUUCCUUGGGUCCCUGUGCACAGCACUGUUUGCCUCUUACGCACUACAAGGAAAGCCACUCGCGCAGUGGGGAAGAGAGAUGCUGAAGGUGCUUCCUCUGGCUGAGGAGUACUGUAGGAAAACCAUCCGGCACAUGGCAGAGUACCAAGAACACUGGUUUUACUUCGAAGCAAAAUGGCAGUUCUAUUUGGAGGAAAGAAAAAUCAGAGAAGACGCAGAAGACAAAGCCACCUUUCCCGACAACUAUGACGCAGAGGAGAGAGACAAGACCUACAAGAAGUGGAGCUCAGAAGGCCGAGGGGGUCGGCGCGGCCAUGAUGCCCCCAUGAUAGCCUACGAUGCCCUUCUUGCUUCGGGGAGCAACUGGACCGAGCUGUGCCAGCGAGCCAUGUUUCACGGAGGAGAGAGCGGAGCGACAGGGACGAUCGCCGGCUGCCUGUUCGGGUUGCUGCACGGCCUGGCCACUGUUCCUCGGGGCUUGUACCAGGAGCUGGAACACAAAGGCAGACUAGAGGACCUGGGCGCGGCCCUGCACCGCCUGUCCACAGAAGAAAAUUCUGAGAGCCCCAGGAUUGGCUGUGGGAAGACAGCCAUGGAUGCGCAGAUGCUGAAGAAGAGGAUCAGCAGGGCGUGUGACGAGGCAGCCCGCACUGUCCUCGGCAGCCUCCUGCUUUAUGUCUUGGACCGUGCCGAUGGACCCCAGAAGGUGGAAGACAGGGCACCCGGGGCCAAACGCCCUUCCCAACUCCAGGAGAUGUGCCGGAGACCCACACGGUUCCAGCUUCUACAGGCUAAGUUCAUGGGCACUGGCCGGGAGCCCCACCUCAAGAAGACCCGGGACGUGGGCCGGCUGAUCUCUAAAGACAAGCAAGGACCUGGUAGGAGUUUUGUAAAUGCCACCAUCAACAAGCUCCUGGAAAAGACCAAGGAAGGGGGCAGAAGCUCCAGCCAGAGGACCCCAGCCAAUGAGAAGCCCCAGUGGAGCCCCUCAAGUGGGAAGAACACUGUGAAAAACAUCCUGAAGAAGUUCCUGGCUGCAGAAGAGAAGGCGGCCAAGGAGAAAGAAGUAGGUGAGAAGCCCCCUGCCCAGCGGCCUGGAGCUGCCAGGGGCCUCCUGCCAAGAAUCGUGGGCCGGAGCUCCAUCCUCUCCAAGCUGAGGGAAAGAUUCGAACAGAACAGCUGCCUGUACUCGGAGGCAGGCGUGCUGCCCCUGCACAGGGAGGGGCUGAAGAGCAAGAACCUACAGAAGAGGAAAGUGCACAGGCCACAAGUGCGGGUGCUACACGUGGCCACCAUGGCUACCAGCUGCACCAGAAUCCCCCCUGCCCAGUUUCUGGCCUGCACAGCUGAGCCCCUGCCGGCCCUCAGCAUCGCCACCAUUGUCUGCGGGCCCCAGAGCUGGUUGUCCCACUGUGCAAAACUUAGUCACUCGGAGUGCAGACGCUGGCCUACCUGGGGAGCCAACACGUCCUCCAACUCAGAAAACCUGGAGUCUGUUGGAAACAGAACACAAGGUCUCGCGGACGAGGAGCGCAAGGGACAUCUCAUGUCCUCGGUGCCCCAAGUGGUGGCCGACGUGGACAGUCACAUGACUCUGAACGUGGGUUUCUCUGGUGUGUCUACUAAAGGUCAUGCUCUGCCUGGCCAUGCACCAGUGUUGUCUUCACUUGGACUGGACAGCCCCAGAAGUACUGGGGCGGUCGGAAGGGACAGAACAGCAGAGCUCAGAACACAAGAGGUGGCAGCUGACGCCCGGGGAGUGACGGAUAAUUUAAGAGGGGCCCCUGAAAUCUCCAUGACUAUGAGCAGCUCUGAGGAUGAAGCCGAAAGGUCAGCCUCGGACUUGGAAAAGGAGCCCUUCUUUGCCACCCAGUGGCACCUGCCAGAGCAGGAGGCUGUGACUCAGAUCCCCCUCCUUGCCCCCCUAGCAGUCCAGGCUGAGUGGCGAACACAGCCCGCCAUCAAGCCUCCACAAAUCACCGUGCAGCUGCCCAUCGUUCACGAGAUGCCAGCCUCUCCUGGUCAUGAAGACCAACGUCCUCCGGUUGUGAGAAGAGAGGGCGUGGCAUCUUCCACUGUGACCGAGGACACGAGGGGUCCCCCAGCCCCAACAAUGCAGAGUCAGCCCUGUGGGAUGCCUGUGAGUCUCUAUCCUGCAGCUCAGUGCAGACUCCAGGAAGACCUAAGAGAUGGUGCUGGCGUGGGCCGGGAUGCCUCACAGAGGUUCCUAAUACCAAGUCCUUCCAAGACGUUUCCUGGUGGAACAGAGGGAAAACAGAGCCCUGAGAAGUCACAUGACCUCAGGAAUUGCAGUGGUGACAGCCCCUCCACGUACCUCACUGCUGGGAGAAGCUAUGCAGGAGUGGGCACCUGCUCGACCACUGGCCUCCAGCAAGGAGCAUCGACUAUGGUGCUGCCGCCAAGCCAGGAUUGCAUAGGGCCCGACGGUUCUAUAGCACCGGGCAAGAGCAUACAGUUUGAACAGGAAGAGUGCCAAGGGACCCUGAAUAAGUCAGCCCAACCACUAGGCAGCGCUCGGGAAAACAGCAGCCAUGACCUGGGCAGCAGCAGCCAGUCCACACUAAAUGAUCAGCCUAUCGCCUCUGGGAAGGUAACGGGGACUGUCAUUGAUCUCACAAUACCACAGCCAAGUAGUACUCAUCACCCUGAACUCAAGACAGCAGCAUGGCCAACUGGUACUCAGGACACUGAGCUCAAGGUGAUUCCACAUACGGGUGACUCCAAGGAGGUUGGAUACAAGGCAGUGCCACAGACAAGUGCCCAAGAUGUUAGACACACGCAAAGGUCAUGGGCAUGUGGCGCCCAGAAUGAUGCACACAGGAUCACAGGACAGCCACACGUUCCCCAGGAUGUGGAGCCCAACAGGACGCCACGCCUCGGUGGUUCCCAGGAGCCUAAACAUGAGGGACCAAGGGGAGUCCAGAAUAUUGACCACAAGACGGCACAGCAAAAUAGGACCCAAGACACUAAACUGACGACACUGCGGCCAGGUGGUGCCCAGGACCCUGAACACAAGACGGUGUCACAGGCAAGUGACACCCAAGGUGCUGGACACAAAACAACCACAUGGGCAGGUGGUGCCCAAAACACUAGACAGAAGGUAUCUUCACAGCCGGGUGCUGCGCAGGACACUAAAUACAAGAUAGUGCCACAAGCAGGUGUUACCCCGGACACUGAGCAUGAGGUGACCGCACAGGCUGGUGAUGUCCAGGAUGGAGAAGAAAGCCCUGAAAAGAAGACAAUGCUGUGGUCAGGAAGCGUCCGGGACUAUAAAGACGAGAUAACCCAAGGACCACACAGCCAUCCGUCUUUGGCAUCAAGCAAGUCCUCAGAGCAUGCGAGUAGAGCCACUGAAGACCUGUCGCGGAGCUGUCCCCUAAUGUCGGCAGCCCCAGUCGUUCAGACACAGGAAGCUGGGGGUUCUUGCCUAGUGCCUACUAAGUCUCCCCUAUGCGUUUCAAGUGAGCCAGGGAACGAAACUACAGCGGUGGAAAGAGACACUCUAUGCAAAAGCACCGCAUCUCCAGAGCCACAGGCGAAGCCAGCGGAGGAUCUGGACCACUCACCGCGGCCCUCUGCGGGUCCACGGGCACCGGACAGAACGGAUCCCGAGAAAGAACACCACCACCUCUCUGAGGCGGCACACUCCGCUAUAAGGCUGGCCGCAAAGGGAGAGGCCAGGCAAGUGGGGUUAGCUCACAGUCCAGAGCCUCCUGUCCCCAGUCAGAAGGUAGAGCAUAGGUCUGCCCCCCAGGUAAAAACCUUGGGAGGUGACGCCAAAGAGAUGCUGCCAACACAGGCAGACAUGGGCGGGCCACAGAGACAGCACGGAUUGGAGGAAACUGGUACAGGACAUGUAGGGUUACACCAGACUGGACAGUCAGAUGUGCUGUGUGCGGCAGAUCCUCAGGCACGGGCUUCCCAGGACCUAGUAGCCAAUGAAAAGACGCUGGUGGAGGAAAAUUCCUGUCAGCUCAGGGACAGGGCUCAGGAGCAUCCCUCAAGACCACCAAAGAGGCUGGAAAAGAUCCCAACUCAAGGAGACCGUCUCCAGGCUGGCAAGAAUCUAGCUACCCCAGGGGACCCUACGGAGCCUUGUGGCCUGGCUAUGCAGAAACAGACCCAGAGUCAGGGACAGGCCAGCCACCCAGUACCUCAGGCCUGGGGACAACCCAAAAACACUGCUGAAGGAGUCCUGACUACUGGCAUGAGUGGGGAACCUCCCAGACCGGGCCCCACAUUUGGCAGUCAGCAAAGCCUGGUUGCCCAGCACCUGCCCCGAGAAACCCAGAAUCUGGCCACUAGCAGGACCACAGCCAGCUCCCUGGAGAACACACAUGACACUUCCUGGCGCACAUCUAAUGCUGGGGGCCACCCACUCUUCCAAUCCCUUGCCCAGGAUGGGCCCCCAAGUGCCCCUAGGGCAGAAAAGGGCCUGUCAGACCAUAGGCAUCCCAGGUCGGUGCACUUUGCAAAGUACCGCGCCCAAAGCUUUCGGGACCAGAAGGCCUUCGAUCUGUCCUUCAGGCCCUCAGUUCUCAGGGCCAGUGAUACCUUUGAGCCUCCGAAGUGAGAGCUCACCUUGAGUCAACAUGUCUGUCUCUGACCGAACGUGACUUUGGGCAUCCCCCCAACCCCCGAGAAAAUGUAGACAGACAUUAGUGUCUCUCAUUUCUUCUCUCUUCGCGUGAACCAAUCCUGGGGAUGCAUACAGGUGGUGCUUGCGCAUGUUCGAGGCAGCUGUGAGACCUCUCUAGGUAAGGAAGAUGUUAGCUAUCCCAUUGCUCUCACAGGACAUUGUGGUGUCAGCCCAGCCCUGUGACUUGGAGGACACCGGGCACUCACUCCUGUCUUGGCAGAAGAGAGACCAAUGUCACAGGCGGGCUGCCCUUUCUGUGUCCUCUGGCCCUCAGCUCCCCAGAGCUUCCCAAAUAUGUCCCUUCCGGCCUACUACCCCAAAAUCAGUGCCUGUGACCUAUGACCUGUGACCUGAACCUUGCAUAUGGGAAGGUGCAGUGCUUGCCUAAGCCACAUCCCACUCCUAAGCUGAUCCCAGUGAGACAUGGGGUCCAAGUCUGGCUUGUCUCCUCAGCAGACAUCAGGAAAGAAGCAUGAGGAGCUGCGGGUGGCUUUCCCAACACUGAUUUGAGGCACACAAGUCUAGGCAUGAGGCAGCUCUCCCGUCCUGCUGUUGGCCAAGCUACAUGGGCUUGAGUUGUUUCCAGCUGCCGACUGCACUUCUGUCCAGGGCGUUUGCUCUCCUGAGGCACACAAGGACAGUUAUAGUCGCCCACUGCACCUUGGCUCGGGAUAGUGUCCAUUAACAACUCACAGUGUCCCGACUGCCCCUUGGUGUGUCUACUGUAAUCUAGAUCAAGCUCAACACCUCUGGGCAGACUACACGCUCUGGUUGUCAUGCCACCUGACUUGUGGGGCUGCCCCACAGAACCGCUGAAGAGCUGAGGUGGUGAACAGCAUCGUAGGGUGCUCUCCUUUGGGUGACUUCCUCUCAUCUUUGGAGACUUCCUGUUUGGCUUUGUCACACUUGAGAACUUCCCCAAAACUCUCGCCUGCUCUGGAGACUGGCUCUCCAUUUGCUGGGACUUCCUUUGUUUUCCAGCUCAAAUAUCCAUAACAAGAAUGUCCUGUCGUAUCCCAGAUGAAACUGACUAUGGGUGGCCCCACCCCAGCUCAGGGACCCCUGAGUGGACAAAUGGGCCAUUGCUCAGGAACCUGAGCCCCCUCCCCCCCCCAUCAGUCAGGAAGCAGGAGGUGUUUGUGUGUUGAGCACAGCACCACAGGUGCUCCCCCUGGCAGAGGUGGUGCUCCUCACUCUUUUCAAGAGCCUUUGCUGAAGUCACAGGGGUUAUGUGAAUUUCCCGAACAAAGGGCACUGUCCCUCGUGUCCUAUAUUGCACCCCUGGGGCCAUUUCCCCUUAACCUGGGGUCCAUGGAGUUAGAUACCUAGGUGUUUGUUUUUCAAGCCCAGCCAAUACUGGGGGGACAUGAAGCUAUGGGGUGCAGUGAUUCCCUACCCUACCUAGGCUUCCUAUAAAGCCCGGUCCUAGGGACUAUGAGACAGGAGGGUGGUCCCAGGAGAGGCCACAGACCUCCUUAGGCCUUUUUGGAAUUAUCAGCCACAUCUACUCACACCAGUGCUGUUAGAAAGCAGCUCUAACCCUUGAGAUGCCCAGGUAUGGCAAUCUCCCACCAGACAGAUGCAAAACCGAUUUACAUGUUUUCUUCCUUUACAUGCUUUGAUCCACAAAGGAUGUGAGGUGAUGUUUGAUCAAAAGGAUGAUGACAGACAGAGGAGAUUAUAAAAAUUGCAUGCUCGUUGGAAAUCCCUUUAAGGAGACAUUGCUGAAGGUUUAGGGUUUUUUUUUUUUUUUUUUUUUUUUUUUUACGACGGAGUACUUUGGCAAACAAGAACUUUUAAACAGACCUAAAAGUUGUGAGGAGUAAGCAAGCAAGGUCACACAGCAGGACCUUUGCACACAGCACAGCAUGGUCAGCCUGUCCCCGUACACACGGCCACUGUGAAGUCACCUGUCCCUUGAGGCUCGGAGACACACAGCUCAGCCCGGUGUUCGGGAAGGCUGUAAGCUAUUAAACGCUGCUCUAAUUGAAAUUAGAGCAAGUCCCUACUGCCAAGUCUCAACUCAGUCAGCAGAGAGCGCACCACAGUGUCUGUCAGGUAGACCACUGUCCUGCAGGGAGAGGCCCACAGCACCCUGGGUUGGAACAACUAACUCCCAAGGUGGUGGGCAGAGCACCCCCCCCCAUAAGAUCCAAACAUGAAGAACCAGCUCCUAACUCAUCAGCCAGUUAAGACCCCACCACUCAGUGCUCACUCGGGCCCUGCUGAUGCUGCUUUCAGGGCACGGUCCACAGACUCCUGCAGCCCAGACAGAACAGCCUGUGAGGGAGCCUCUCCCGCCUGCUAUGCGUCCGCCAGCAGACACUGCGCCCUGUGUAAGACACGCCCUUGGGGCUGCUGCUUUCUGAGCUGUGCAGAGACAACAGGCCUAACUCUUUCCAUCAAAGAUCUCACUACCGUUUUAGUUAUGUGUCAACCCGUGGUUCUAUCCUUCUUUGUAUGUAAGAACUCUAAAAUGGAUUCGUCAGAAAAAAAAAUACUUUGGUAUAUUGUUUCCUUUGAAUGUACACUAACUUUGGAUAGCUGGAAUUUUGUAAAAGGAAAUAAAUUAUAUUUCCCAUUAUAAAUCUCUUACUUAUGUCUGUGGGGAGCAAGAUUUUCACUCUAAGAAAUUUGAGACUAGAGAAAGUGAAUUAAGCUCUGUAGAACAGGGCACAGCCACAAAGAAAAGGCAAAAAAUGACAGACAUGGAUUGGUACAAGACUGAUUU